AUGCAGCCAACGACAGCACCACAGGCCACUGCCAGCCACCGCCUUGCUGUCCGAGCGGCGACCACGGCGUCUGUGGACGGCUACUCGGCCGUGGGCUGUUACUCGGACCUCGGGGGGGUCAUCACCACCCGGGUGCUGUCCGCGGCUUUCACAGGCGCGGCUGGUCAGCCAUCGGUGUGCCUGACCUACUGCGCUCCUAAGGGCUACUCCAUGUUCGGUCUCGAGAAUGGCGCCGAGUGUUACUGCGGAAACACACUGAACGCAGGGGCAACGCGCGCGCCGGACGUAUCGUGUAGUCAAGAGUGCAGUGGCAGUAGCGAUGCCAUCUGCGGCGCCCUCGGAAUGCUACUCCUCUAUACGUCCACUGGAACGUCCUCCACCACCUCGAGCACCGUCGUCAGCAGCAGCAGCUCCCUCGUCAGCAGCAGCAGCUCCCUCGUCAGCAGCAGCAGCUCCCUCGUCAGCAGCAGCAGCUCCCUCGCGUCAGCAACAACCGGCCCGGCCUCCAGCACCGGCAUCAGCACCGCUCCGGCCGCCGGAGACGGGCCGGGCUAUGCUGGCCUAGGGCCUGGGGCGUCGGUCGGCCUGGCUAUUGGCUGUGUGGCCCUGGGGGUGGUGUUGUCUGCGGCGGGGUUUGCCGUGCUCUCGUUUGUGCUGCGGAGGAGGGCGGCGCCGCCGUUGCAUUCGCAGGUUCCGGGAGAAUUGACUACAUACUACAUAGAAAGAGGGCCUUUGACGGUGAUGCCGGCAAGGAACUAG